AUGACCUCUAAGCACCAGAGUGAUGACGAUUAUGGACUAACCGGAUCAACUCUGAAAUGGUUUUCGUCAUAUCUUACUGAUCGCUUUCAAUAUGUUGAGAUUAAUAACGCUUCGUCAAAACACCAGCAAUUAUCCUGUGGUGUACCCAAAGGAUCAGUUUUAGGACCCAUAAUAUUCACUAUGUAU